AUGAACAUCACCAACAAAGCAAUUGGCAUCGCCCAUGAUGCCCGCGCCGACAAGACCGUCUUCAGCCCGGCAUCUACGUCUGCCUCUGCACCUUUGAGUGCAUCCGCUUCUUCCCUCAGCCGUCAUGCUCGUUGCAUAUCUACGCUCGCCUGCUCGCACUGGACUCCAGACAAGGUCUGGGCCGUGCAAGCCAUCCUGAAAUCCAGCUCUGCCUCCCUGGUCCUCACAAGGCAACGCCUUCUUUUCCGUUUCGAGUCCCACGAGAUUCCCUUACCUUGUGCUGUCUUCUCUCGUCCGGCCCCGAGACCAGCAACCACUGCGCCAGCGAAAGCGACAUCCACGAUUCCUUGCCUGGCCUACAUCCACUACGCGGAUGUUUGCAUUGCGCGCAGGAACUCUCUAAAGUACAUCUGUUCCCCAAGGCCACCCCGACGCGCGAUGAGCAUCGCCACUGCUUCUCUCUACGGACUUCGUCUCGACCGAAUCAUCCCAGACGAUCCCCACGAGGAUCCCUACAUCGCCGCUCUUCUCAUCGCCCUUGCCCAGUCAAAUCGCCGUGCUCUGGCGCGUGUGCGGCCGCAGUCUUCGCCCGAAUCCUACCGUGUUCACGUGCUUCGGACAGACCCCACGACGGAGUUGUACCUCACUCUCUAUGCGGCCGACAUACCUGCCACCCUCCUCCGAAAGCUUUCUGACUUCAACGAGUCAUCUGGCAUGCGCUCCGAGUUUUCCAUCUCCUCCAAAAGGAUUCCCUUCGAGCCAUAUUCGUCCUUUCAAGAGCGCCUGCACAAUUCCAUCACUCCCCGGACUUCGAAGCGACGAAGAGCCGCGGAAGAUGUUGAUCCCCGCGACAGCACGCGCCAACGGACACGAUGA